AUGAGAUCCACUCUCCUCGCCGGCCUCUUGGCCCUCACCCUCUCCGCCCUCCAUGCGGAGGCUGCCCCGUCUCUGGAGCAGAAACCGCUCGGGGCAAAAGAGUCUUCACUUCAGGGGGCAGUCCAGGACAAGGCUAUGAAGAAGCGAUCUUUGAAAGGACGAUUUCUACACAUCACCGACAUACAUCCUGAUCCACACUAUCAAUUCAAAGCAACAGUAGCUUCUGGAUGUCAUCAAAGAGAGAAGAAGAAGAAGAAGAAAGGCAAGAAGGGCAAGGGCAAGGAGGUGGAGGAGCAAGAAGAACAAGACUACGACGUAUCGAUCGUCGAUAAGGAGGACCUUGCCGGCAAAUAUGGGACUGCCAAUUCUGUCUGUGAUUGUCCACUAUCUCUCGUCAAUGUCACAUUCGACUGGCUCAAGAAGGAAUGGGCAGACGAGAUUGACUUCGUAGUAUGGACAGGAGAUAACGCGAGACACGAUAUUGAUCGAAAUCGACCUCGUACGCCGAACGAGAUAUUCAAUCUCAAUCACAUGAUAGUCGGUAAGAUGCUCGACACUUUCGGGAAAGACAUGCCCAUAGUGCCAAGUAUCGGUAACAACGAUAUCUACCCUCACAAUGUGCUCUCUGCCGGUCCUAGUCGUAUCACAUCAGAGUUCUUAUCAAUAUGGAAGAGGUUUAUCCCACCCGAGGCCUCCCAUGUCUUUGAGCGAGGAGCAUACUUUUCCUCCGAAGUCAUCCCUGACAAGCUCGCCGUCAUUUCCUUGAAUACUCUGUUCUGGUAUGAUUCCAACACUCUGGUAGACGGCUGCGGCGACCAUUCGAACGACCCCGGAGCGCUGGAGAUGGAUUGGCUGGAAGUACAACUGAGCAACUUCCGGCAGAGGGGUAUGCAAGUUUGGAUGACGGGGCAUGUACCGCCUCAUAUGGGUCAUUACUAUGACAAUUGCUAUCUGAGGUAUGGUGAUCUAGCUCUGCGAUACCAGGACACGAUUGUCGGACAUCUGUUCGGUCACAUGAACAUUGACCACUUCUUCUUCAUUGACGUCGACGAGCUCGAAGCCACCUCCAACCUCCUUCCUCUAUCUCCCUCCAACGCCUCCAUCCAAUCCUACGGCCCCUACCUUCCAAACUCAUACUCGCCUUCUGGACGAUACACCAUCCAAGGCCGAUCGGGUGCGAAGAGUCUGGAACAAGAGUUGAAGAAGGACUUUGGAGAGAUGCCGGGGCCGAGGGUGUUGAAGCUCAAGGAUUAUGCGGUGAUGAAUGUGGCGCCGAGUGUUAUUCCGACGUACUACCCCGGGAUCAGGGUGUUUUCCUAUAAUAUCACUGGGGCAGAAGAUGACUUCCGAGGUCUCUAUGAACCGACCGACAAGCAAGAGGAAGACGAGGAAGAGCUGGGCGAAGAAGAGGGAGAUGAUACAACAGACACUCUCUUCUCUGACUCUCGAGAAGAGGAAGACUCCUCUCUCCUCUCCACCCUGAAACGCAAAGGUGGCCACCGACACAAAAAGACCAAGGAUGACUGCUCUCUCCCCGAAAACGAAGACAAACCCCACUGCACCUUCAAACACAAACCCCGGCACUACUCCAAGCACUCUCCCUCUCGAAAGAAUGGGCCCCUGAGUCCACUUGGUUUUGUGCAGUUCUACCUGCCUGACCUAUCAAAGAAGAGCGUGAAGAAGGGAAAGAAGGAGCCAGAGUGGAAAGUGGAGUAUACGACGUACAAGGUCAAAGACCUGGUACCAAAAGGGAAUCUGACCCAGCCGGUCCCUGUGCCAUUCCACCUGCUACCCUCAUACGACCCCGCCGUAUUCCAGCGCCCCAAGAACAAGGCGGAGCAUAAGGAGGUAGCAAAGAAGAAGGACAAGUUUAAUAAGGCGCUGAAGAAGGUGACGCCGUAUCGGAUGAAGGACCUCACGGUCGGGAGCUGGAUAAAGCUGGCGCGAAUGUUGGUGCUGGAGAAGAAGAGGUGGUCAAAGUUUGCCGAGCUUAUGCUCGUGUCGACCGAGGCAGACGAUUGA